AUGGGGGCGGGGUGGGGGGGCUUCCCUUUGGCGGACCUGGGGCUGCGGUUGACGCAGCCCGCAGCCGGUCGGCGCUGGCGCUGGCUUUCAGCCCCCCAGCCCCGGGCCGGCGUGCCCGGCCCACCCCGCCCUCAGCGCCAGUCCGACGGCAGCUGCGGCCGGCGUUCCCCGGCAGCGCGUCGGGGCGGCAACUUCGCGCCCGGGCGCCCGCGCCUCGCAGCCCGGCGGGCGGGAGACAAAAGCUGCGGCGCCGCCGGAGGCCGCGCGGCCAAGGGGAAGCAGCCCCGCGCCCGGGCAGGGACCCCAGCAGGGCGCAGGGCACGGCGCCCAGCCCCGCGGCACCCCGGCCGUCGCGGGCGGGACCCGGCGCGCCGCGGCCCCCAGGACACGCGCGGUGAGUCCCGCGGGCGACGCGCCGUGUCCGGAGAGCUGGGCGGGCGGCGCGCCGGGGGAGGAAGGGGGCGGUCGGAGGAGGGGGCACCGCGGCGCCGGGUAAACCGAGCAAAGCCUAACCCUCAGCAGUUCCCCAGCUGCGGCCUGGGCGCUGUGACUCACUACCAACACCAGCUUGCCCCUCCUGGUCAGUACCCUGUUGGGAAAGAAGGGUUGGAUGGAAACCUGCCAGGAGGGGACCGGGAGUCUGUGUGGAACCGGGGCUGCUUCUCUCCCCUGGCCCCAGCCAUCCAGCAGAGGAGACCCUUGCUGGGUGACCGGUUUGGGUCCUUCCCCGUGUCCGUGGCAGGGUUCGGUGCCUGGAAGCAGGUAGGAGUGCUGCGGCUGACAUUCCAGAAGUUCAGCCCUUCAUCACUGGGUGCAUGGUGGCCUCUGGGCAAGUGUCGGUUUCCUCCCGGCCAGUUCCUCCUGUGCUGCCCGCUUCUCUGGCCCCAGCAGGAAGCUCCGGGCUGGCCGGUGUGUGCCCGGGAGGAAGUGACAGCAGGCCCUGCUGCCUGGUCCCUGCUGACCAUGAACAAGAUGAAGAACUUUAAGCGUCGUCUUUCCUUAUCCGUGCCCCGCACAGAGACCAUCGAGGAGUCCUUGACCGAGUUCACAGAGCAGUUCAACCAGCUCCACAACCGGCGCAAUGAGGACCUGCAGCUCAGUCCUCUCGGCAGAGACCCCCAGCCGGCAUCCAGCACCUUCUCCCCGACAGACAGCGGGGAGGACCCUGGGCAGCUGUCCCCGGGCAUGCAGUACCGGCGGCAGAAUCAGCGCCGCUUCUCCAUGGAGGACAUCAGUAAGAGGCUCUCUCUGCCCAUGGACAUCCGCCUGCCCCAGGAAUUCCUGCAGAAGCUACAGCUGGAGAGUCCAGACCUGCCCAAACCGCUCAGCCGCAUGUCCCGCCGAGCAUCCCUGUCAGAUAUCGGCUUUGGGAAACUGGAAACAUACGUGAAACUGGACAAACUGGGGGAGGGUACCUAUGCCACAGUCUUCAAGGGGCGCAGCAAACUGACAGAGAACCUCGUGGCCCUGAAGGAGAUCCGGCUGGAGCAUGAGGAGGGGGCGCCUUGCACCGCCAUCCGAGAGGUGUCUCUUCUGAAGAAUCUAAAGCAUGCCAAUAUUGUGACGCUGCAUGACCUCAUCCACACGGAGCGGUCUCUCACCCUGGUGUUUGAGUACCUGGACAGCGACCUGAAGCAGUAUCUGGACCACUGUGGAAACCUCAUGAGCAUGCACAAUGUCAAGAUUUUCAUGUUCCAGCUGCUCCGGGGCCUCGCCUACUGCCACCACCGCAAGAUCCUGCACCGGGACCUGAAACCGCAGAACCUGCUCAUUAGCGAGAGGGGGGAGCUGAAGCUGGCUGACUUCGGCCUGGCGCGGGCCAAGUCGGUGCCCACGAAGACCUACUCCAAUGAGGUGGUGACCCUGUGGUACAGGCCCCCCGAUGUGCUGUUGGGGUCCACAGAGUACUCCACCCCCAUCGAUAUGUGGGGCGUGGGCUGCAUCCACUACGAGAUGGCCACGGGGAGGCCCCUCUUCCCCGGCUCCACGGUCAAGGAGGAACUACACCUCAUCUUCCGACUCCUCGGGACCCCUACGGAAGAGACGUGGCCCGGUGUGCUGGCCCUGUCGGAGUUCAGAGCCUACAACUUCCCACGAUACCUCCCCCAGCCGCUCAUCAGUCACGCUCCCAGGUUGGACACCGAAGGCAUCCACCUCCUGACCAGCCUCCUCCUGUAUGAAUCCAAGAGUCGCAUGUCAGCAGAGGCUGCCCUGAGCCACCCCUACUUCCGGUCUCUGGGGGAGCGUGUGCACCAGCUCGAAGAUACUGCCUCCAUCUUCUCCCUGAAGGAGAUUCAGCUCCAGAAGGACCCGGGCUACCGGGGCCUGGCCUUUCAGCAGCCAGGACGAGGGAAGAGCCGGAGGCAGAGCAUCUUCUGAGCCGUGACCCCCCUGCUGCGGCCCGAGAGACAAGAGGUCACAGUGAGCACAACCACA